AUGCCCAUUUGCCUUACUCCAUCCCUCCCAAUUCUCCCUCCCUGGCAGCACUCCACCUCUCUCUCCGUGUCACGUGCGCACACCGCAGAUCCCGCCAUGCUCGCCUGUCUCUCGCCUCCUCCCCCCGCUGCUUCCCCCCUCGCCACCCCCACCGCCUCCUCCUCCUCCCCCGCCGUCGCGUGCGCAUCUCCUCGGACUCCCUGUUUCAUCUCCUCGCCCUCCUCCUCUCUCCCACUUUACUCCCCCUAUUCACCCUACCCGCCAUAUUCGUCCUACUCGUCCUACUCAUCCUCCUCUUCCUCCUUCCCACCCAGCUGCGCUUCCCUCUCAUCCCCGCCUCCGCACCCGCGCCCCGCCACCCUCGCGCGCGCUGCCGCUUCUAGCAUGUCUUCCAGCCGCAGCGCCUGCGGAGCCGUCAGCCUAAGCGGUCAAUUGAGUGGCAGGUCAAGCAGCAGCUCAACCGGCAGUUUAAACGGCUGUAGAAGCGGCAGCGGAAGCUGGUCUUAUCACAACAGAGGGCCAGCAGCAGGUGGGGGGAGAAGGGACGGCGGGGGCGUGAGGGAUCGGCGGAGAGGAUUACCCGCUGGUUCCGCGUCAGCUACAGCCUUAGUCUCCGCGGACGGGGGAGGCGGGGGCGGGGGCGGAGGCGGGGGAGGGGAAGGGGCAGGCGGGCGCUUGAAAGGCGGAGCAGCAGCAGCAGCAGCUGUGGGGGGGAAUGGGAUAGGCGGAUCGUGGGCGUGGAGAGGAGGCGGGGGAGAGAUGAGCGGGGAGGGCGCGGAGGCGAGAGGCGGAGCUGCGGAUGGGGGAGUGGUGGGGCUGCUGCAGCAGCUGCCGCUGCGGAGGUGCCUUGUGUGGGCUUUAGUGGCAGGGCUUGUCAUCCAGCUACGAGAGUUCCUGGGGGUACGUCCGGGGUGGGAAAGGUGUAUUGUGAGGUUGAUUUCGAAUGCGGCUACUGCUGCGGAGGUGUCUUGUGUGGGCUUUAGUGGCAGGGCUUGUCAUCCAGCUACGAGAAUUCCUGGGGGUACGUCGGGGGUGGCAAAAGGGAAGGGAGGGGGAGGGAGGCAGAGAGAAGGGGAGGGCGGGGGGAGGGAGAGUGAGGGAGGCGGAGGGAGAGGGAGGGAGGGGGAGGGGGGGCGGAGGAGGGGAGAAAAAAGGGGGAUAAUGAUGGGCACGUACGUUCUCAGCGUGGUGGCGAAUGCAGCAGUGGAGGGAGCGCAGAGAGUGCUGCCCGCUAAGCGGCGCCUGCUAGUGGCGCUGCUCUACGCCUUUGCCCUCGCCGCCCUCCUCGCCCUCGGAUUUGCCUACCUGCCACCGCUCUACAACACCGCCACACAGCUUAUCCUCAACAUCCAGGGUGAGGAUGCAUACUCGUGGAUAGCCACGCGCAUGCGAGCAGAGUUUGGAGACACAUUCACGGAGCAGCUAGAGCGCUACAUGCUCCUCAUGAUGUCCCCGCCAACCACCCAAGGCAUCAUGGGUGCGGGGGGCGUGGCAAUGGCAGCGCACCCCUCAGCGGCGCUGAGGCAGGUGUUCAAGAAGUAUGCAGGCAGCAUGCUCUCUCUGCUCGCCACCGCCUUUGCUGCCACUGGCCGCUUCCUGCUCAAGUCGCUCGUGAGUCUCAUUCUCUCGGCCAUGAUUGUGUGGGACCUGCCCUCCCUCGCCCGCGGCAUGCAGUCGCUGCAGACGUCCCGCUUCGCCCCCAUCUACGACGAGCUUGCUCCCGUGGUGCUCACAUUCGGCCGCAUCUUCUGCCGUGCUUUGGAGGCGCAGAGUCUGAUCGCGGUGGUGAACACGGCGCUCACCUUCCUGGGCAUGAUGCUGCUCAACCUCAACGGCAUCCUUGUGCUCGCCGCCGUCGUCUUUGUCUUCUCCUUUGUGCCCGUCGCUGGUGUCGUCAUCUCCACCGUCCCCAUGGGCCUCGUCGCUCUCUCCGAGGGUGGGGUGGUGAAGGUGGUGCUGGUGGUGCUGAUGGUGGUGCUCAUGCAUGCACUUGAAGCCUACAUUCUCAACCCUGCCAUCUACUCAGCCCAUCUGAAGCUGCACCCCAUUCUCACGCUCGCAGUGCUGCUGGUAGCAGAGCAUGCCAUGGGCGUGUGGGGCCUGCUGGUUGCCGACACUUGUGAUGGCAAACUCUCCUCUGCUCUGCACAUACUCGCUUCACCUCACUCGUUUCAGCCCACUCACAUACAACCUCACCUUGUUUAA